UAAUUAUCCGGCAUUGACUUUCGACCACAAUAGCCAUACCCGCCUGAGGCACUGGCGAAAGCAGGAAACAACCGUGUCGAUCUUUUUUCUCAUCUUUCAUGCCAUUACCCCAAAGCAGGCGGGCAGAAGGUCAGGGUGGUUUGGUUUGAGGUUGAUGAAAAAACGUCUGAGAACUCCGAACGAAUCAGCUUUCCCAGACUUGGACAUGUACAGUAUGCGCCCAGCGACUGAUUGGUCCCUCUCGGCGGAUGCCUAUCAAGGGAAAAGUUCCAUCAAUGAAGGGUCAAGGCUGGUUUGUGAACUUGCGUAGGCGCACGAGAGGUUGGCUGGUCGCGGCGUCCACGCGUCCAGACACCCGGCUCCGGAUUCUGCUGUGGUUCAUUGGAUCAUUGGACCUUCAAGUCUACAAUUUUCAUGGUUUGAAAAAUGCUGAUCGCAAUCCACUGUCCUGCCCACCAGGUACAAAGCUCGGAGGCGAAUCCUGUCAGCCCAUACUCCCUGGUGAGGCUCAAGGCUGUUGUCGUGGUCUGGUUUGCCACUGUGCGCAGUCUGGCGGCAACACUCGGCCAGACGCUCAAUAUGUGGGCGGACAAGCAACCAUGGAUACACUACUAUACAUAGAACCCUCCCGAUUGGAGAAGCAGUCCACUUUUCUGUCCCUACAAGUGGUCCUUUCAGGUACAGUACGCAGCAGAUGGGAAGAGGGGAGAGGAACCGUGGGCAAGGCACAUUCGGAGUGUGCACACUGCACAUACUCGUUAAGUGUAAGGACCGGCCGGUAGCAGGUUGAAGAGGGCAUAUUGAGUGAUCUUCCAGCCCCUCCGUACACGGUACUACCGAGUAAUAUCAGGCACCAUGGAACGGUGGUAAGCACAUUGACAUAGUAGUGCUGAGUCUAUCAAAGUGUAGAAAGAUGGCUGGGAUAGAUGAAAUGUGCUGACGACAAAGAGGC